AUGGAGGAUGAGCAGGAGCCGCCCUUACGGCUGCGGACCCAGGUUCAGGGCAGGGUCCUUCUCUUGACCAACUGUGCAGCUGGCAUUGGUAGGACUUUGCAGUUUGGCUACAACCUCUCAAUCAUCAAUGCCCCAACCUUGCACAUUCAGGAAUUCACCAACGAGACGUGGCGGGCACGUACUGGCAGGCCACUGCCCGACCACCUGGUUCUGCUUGUGUGGUUCCUCAUCGUGUCUCUCUACCCCUUGGGGGGCCUCUUUGGAGCUUUGCUUGCAGGAUCUUUGGCCAUCACAUUGGGAAGGAAGAAGUCCCUUUUGGUGAAUAACACCUUUGUGGUGGCCGCAGCGGUCCUGUUUAGCUUCAGCCGAAAAACCGGCUCCUUCGAGAUGCUCAUGCUGGGAUGGCUGCUCGUGGGCAGCAGUGCAGGUGUAUCCAUAAGUGUCCAGCCCAUGUCUGGGGAGAGUGCCCCCAAGGAGCUCCGAGGAGCCGUGGCCAUGACCUCAGCCAUCUUCACAGCUCUGGGGAUUGUGAUGGGACAGGUGGUUGGACUCAGGGAGCUCCUGGGUGGCCCUCAGGCCUGGCCCCUGCUGCUGGCCAGCUGCCUGGUGCCUGGGGCAGUCCAGCUUGCCUCCCUGCCUCUGCUCCCUGAGAGCCCACGCUACCUCCUCAUUGACCAUGGGGACACCGAGGCCUGCCGGGCAGGAGGGCUUGUCCCACUUCCUCUAUGUCCUUUUCCUCGGCGUCUGUGUCUGUGGCGCCAUCUACACUGGCUUGUUCCUCCCUGA